GGUUUCUGUCAUUAUUGGAACCAAAGUGUCAUGGCGGACUAGCAGCUGGGAAAUAUCAAUACCUUCACUUCUCGCCUCUGUAUCAAGUGUUUCUGAGGCGGCAGUUCCCUUUUGACACGCCUUCAAGAUGUCUGACGAGGAGAUGGAAUACAGCGAUGACGACUUUGAUGCUUACUACGAAGAGGAGUUUGACCGGGAUGUGGACCACGUGGACCCACAGAAGAAUGACCCCGAGUACUUCCACGUGGCCUGCCUCACCGACACGGAGGUGGAGAGGCUGCUGAAUGAGUCUGUGGAGCAGCUUUCCAAUAGCAUACAGGUGACUCCCUCCUUGGCAAAGCUGCUGCUGCACAUGCAUGGCUGGAACCAGAUGGAGAUAGUGGCUGGUUACCGCCAGGACUGCAAUCGCCUUCUUACCACAGCACACAUCAAGCCCCCAACACCCCCCCAGCCAAGCACCAGUGCCCAGCAGGGGGAUGGGGAGACCACCUGUCCUGUUUGUCUGGCACCAAUGUCCCCUGAUAAUUCCAGCCACUUAUCCUGUGGGCACAUGUUUUGCAAGGACUGCUGGAGUAAGCACUUUGAGGUCCAGAUUGUACAUGGAGCAUCGACAGGGAUUGAGUGCAUGGGCAGCAACUGUCAAGUCCUUGCUCCUGAGGACUUUGUGCUGCCCCUGCUGAAGCUGCCCAGGCUGAGGGAAAAGUACCAGCAAUAUGCCUUCUCGGAUUAUGUGAGGAGCCACCCACAGCUACGCUUCUGUCCCGGCCCCAACUGUAACAUUGUGGUACAGGCCAAGGAGUGCCGCGCCAAGAGAGUCAAUUGCACUGCCUGCAAGUCUCAGUUCUGCUACAGGUGUGGCAACGACUACCAUGCCCCAACUGACUGUGAAACCAUGAAGCGCUGGCUUACUAAGUGUGCCGAUGACAGUGAAACAGCCAACUACAUCAGUGCACACACCAAAGAUUGCCCCAAGUGCCACAUCUGCAUAGAGAAGAAUGGCGGCUGUAAUCACAUGCAGUGCUGCAACUGUAAGCAUGAUUUCUGCUGGAUGUGCCUGGGCUGCUGGAAGACUCACGGCUCAGAGUAUUAUGAGUGCUCCCGCUACAAGGAGAACCCAAACAUUGCCCACGAGUCAGCCCAUGCCCAGGCCAGGGAGGCUCUCAAGAAGUACCUCCAUUACUAUGAACGAUGGGAGAAUCAUAGCAAGUCCCUGAAGCUGGAAGAGGAGACACUGGCCAAGAUCCGUGAGAGGAUCCAGGAGAAGGUGAUGGCUGGCACAGGCACUUGGAUUGACUGGCAGUACCUCCUGGAUGCUGCUGCUCUUCUGGCCCGCUGCCGCUACACCCUGCAGAACACCUACCCAUUUGCCUACUAUCUGGAGUCUGGGCCCAGGAAGGACCUGUUCGAGUACCAGCAGGCCCAGCUUGAGGCAGAGAUAGAAAACCUCUCCUGGAAGAUUGAGCGUGCUGAGAUGACUGACCGGGGAGACUUAGAAAACCAGAUGGACAUUGUGGAGAAACGAAGAACCACCCUGCUGACAGACUUCCAACAGGGAUGAUGGGGGCUGUGGAAGUAGUCUUGGCCUCCACUUAAUACCUCCCUCCCUCCCUCUCUGAAUGCUGGUGUGGCCUCGGGCAGCCUCUUGUCACACUGGGGAGAGACUACAGCUUUCUUACCUUUAGAGGAUGCUGGGUAGACAGUGUUUGGUUUUGAGUUUGUUUUAUCCCUAUUUAUUUAUAUUGUUUUGUCUUUUUACUUCAUAGACAUUACUUUUCCAAUGCAUUGCACGGAGCGGACAAAGUCGCUUGCUCGUGGUGGCAUUGGGAGUUGAUUUGUGGUGCGUAUCAUCGUGGAUACCUUGUGGCAACAUACUGAUAUUACUUAAUGACUUGCCAAAGGUUUGAACCAUGUGGCCUGAAAAAUUGGGUAACUGUGCCACACUCAACACACUGAAUUGUUAUCGGCGUUACUUUUAUCUCAAUUAUCGUCUUUCUUGUUGCUUGUUCCAUUAGUGCAGCAGCUGUAGCAGGUGGAGGUGUGUGUGGGCCCUUUGUGGCCCCUGGGCGUGGUGAGUCAAGGGGUGGCCAUCACCACCGUCAUCAGUUAGUAGUUGUGGACUCUUAUGCAACUCUGUCUUGGAUCAGUGUAUGUAUGUAUGUAUGUAAAUAUGUAUGCUGUAUAUAUAAAUACAGUUUGUGGCAACCCAUAGUCAACGUCAACUGACAAGUGACCCUCUGCAGGUUAGGUCAGCACAUACUAAGGUCACCAUUUAAUUCUUUAUGCAAAUGCAGUGCUAAUCAGUGUUGCGAGCAGUGAUCAGUUUUGCUUUGUCACAGCAAUCCUGGUAGGUAUCAUUUGGAAAGGCAGCAACACCUGUAUUGACAGUGACAACUUCCAUUUUGUUGCUUGAAUCUAUGUUGUUGUCUGCUGGGAAGACUGGGAUAAUUUCUUCCUUUGCCUUCUGUGACUUGCAGGCAAUCUUGCAUGUGCAAUUGAGUAGGCAUAUUUGGUAUGCAUGAUGUUCUGACAGUUUUUUGUGGUUUGAGGUUUGAAGGUAUUUUGCAAAUUCAGACUUUGUUAUAUAUAUAUAUUUUUUGCAUUGUAAUAGUCAUGACAUUUUUUGACAGGAAGUUAUGUGUGUAUUUGUAGUUCAUUGUUUCUUGUGUAUGCAUCUGUUGUACUCUGAAUGAAUGAGAUCUUGUGCCAUGCCUGGCAGUGUGUGUGUGUGUGUGUGUGUGUGUGUGUGUGGGUGCGCACGCACAUGCAUGUGCAUGCGUGCAUGCGUGUGAGUGUGUGUGUGUGUGUGUGUGUGUGUGUAUGCAUAUGUGAGUGUAGGUACAUGUGCUUGAGUAUGAGUCCAUGUGUGGGUGUACAUGAGUGUGGGUGUGUGUUAGUGUGUACCUGCACAUGCAUGUGCAUGCAUAUAGGUCUGAAAUUUGCAAGGAUCUGCAUCAAACAGGAAUGAGUGUUUCCAAAGUGGUUCAGAAAGUGUAUUCAUCAUCUAAGCUUCAAAUUAACCAUAGAAGCCAAUAAGAAACAUUAUUGGAGGUUCUCAUUUAGAGGACAUGAUUGGAAAACUGCACAAUCUAUUUCAAUUUCUUUCUUAAAUCUUGUGUGAAAAUACUGAUGAGCAAUAUUUUCACUGCCAUGUGAGAUGAUGUGAAAGUUUGUUAUUCUUCCGUAUUGACUGUUUCUGAGCCACUUUGUCAGCCAGUGUUGGUCAAGGUGCCAGUUCCAGAUGGAGUCAAUUUCAGGGCAUUUCAUUUUAUACCACCGUUGUGAUAAUAAAAGGAAUAAUAUUU